CUUUACCAUAUAUAUUGGGCCAUGUGGACACGGACGUGGAGUGUUGUAGGAUAGACUUUGUAUUGGCUGCAGGGCUGCUGGCCUCGAUUUCUUCAUUCAUCUCUUAAAAACAACCAGCAGGAAUAAAAAGCAGCCUGUUGGAGGGAACUGGGGAAACUUUUCUUCUUUAAUAUCUUGCAGAGUACGUGUCCCUGUAGGAAACAAAAUGAGUGACAUACUGGACGAGGGCUCUUUCAUGUUCACAUCGGAGUCCGUAGGAGAAGGACAUCCAGAUAAGAUUUGUGACCAGAUCAGUGAUGCCGUCCUGGACGCCCACCUGAAGGAGGACCCAGAUGCCAAAGUCGCAUGUGAGACGGUGUGUAAGACCGGCAUGGUGUUGCUCUGCGGGGAGAUCACAUCUCGGGCCAACGUGGACUACCAGAAGGUAGUGAGAGAAGCCAUCAAACACAUCGGCUACGACAACUCGGACAAAGGUUUUGACUAUAAGACGUGUAAUGUGCUGGUGGCUCUGGAGCAGCAGAGUCCGGACAUUGCUCAGGGAGUUCACAUUGACAGAGAAGAGGAAGACAUGGGAGCCGGAGACCAGGGUCUGAUGUUCGGCUACGCCACAGAUGAGACCGAGGAGUGCAUGCCUCUCACCAUCGUCCUGGCCCACAGACUUAACUCAAAGAUGGCUGAACUCAGACGUAGUGGAGCCAUCCCCUGGCUGCGUCCAGACUCCAAAACACAGGUGACCGUGCAUUACGACCAGAAGAACGGAGCUGUGAUCCCCAGGAGAGUUCACACCAUCGUGAUCUCUGUCCAGCACGAUGACUGCGUUUCUCUGGAGGAGCAGAAGAGAAUCCUCAAGGAGAAGGUGAUCAAAGCCGUGGUUCCUGCUGAAUACUUGGAUGACAAGACCAUCUACCACCUCCAGCCCAGCGGUCGCUUCGUCAUCGGAGGACCUCAGGGUGACGCUGGUGUGACAGGCAGGAAGAUCAUCGUGGACACAUACGGAGGGUGGGGCGCUCACGGCGGCGGAGCUUUCUCCGGCAAAGACUUCUCAAAGGUGGACCGAUCGGCUGCCUACGCUGCUCGCUGGGUGGCCAAGUCUCUGGUCAAAGCCAAACUGUGCAGGAGAGUUCUGGUUCAGGUGUCUUACGCUAUCGGAGUGGCCCAUCCUCUGUCCAUCUCCGUGUUCACCUACGGUUCAUCCGAGAAGUCAGAGACGGAGCUUCUCCAGAUCGUCAACAACAACUUUGAUCUGCGGCCCGGAGUCAUCGUCAGGGACCUGGACCUGAAGAGGCCCAUCUACCAGCAGACGGCCUCUUACGGUCACUUUGGGCGACCGGAGUUUACUUGGGAGAUGCCCAAAAAGCUUGUGUACUAAAUUCCUUCACCUGCUCGUCCUGUUCGGCUCAUCUAGUGGCUACGUGAGAGUUUUUUUCAACCUCCCUUCCUCAUUCUACAACCAAUUAUUGGUUGAUGAGAAAUAUACUUACAAAUAUUAAUCAGAGAUAAAGAUAAAUGCAUCUACCACACUACAAACUGUGUUUUUACCUCAAAGCUGUGAAUAUUCAUUUACGUGACCAGUAUCAUGGUCUUUGACAACAGACCAUGAUACAAUACUUCAUGAAUGACUAUUCUAUCAAUAUCAAAGUGAUUGUUGCUCAGCCAAAGGCUACACUUUAGGUGACAGAUGAUAUAUUUAUGCCAAGACCGGUGUCGGGCAAGUUACUAAUAGCGGAAUUAAGUUUUUUAAAUAAUAUGAAUAACAUUAUUUCGAGUUUAUUAUAUCACUGCAGCAUCAGGAGGUAACAGGACACGGAUGUUAAAGGGGACACCAGGCUGCUACAAUACAACAAUGCAGACCUACUGACCAGAUCUACACUCAUUCAUUCACAUGAUUACAGUACCGCUCAACACUAAUCAUGACGGAAAAUUUCCUUUUCUACGUUCAUUUCGUAAUUCAUUUUGUAAUUAGUGCUAUAGGAAGUUGUUUUCCCUGUUACAAUCACAUCAUACAAGACAAGUGAGCUUUAAUCUCUUGAGCAUAUUGAAAAUAGCCAUGCAGUCUAGUGUUGCAACGUGGUCCCACAGUCCGUCGUCCUAUAAGUGCUUUAUUUCAAUAACAAGCUGCUUAUAUUUUGUCUGCAGCUCAAGUGGUCUCUGAUUUGUAUUUUGUUCUUUUUUAACCUUCAGGACUGUCAGUAGUGUCUCUUUGCUCUCUGCAGUGGAUUACCAAACUGUAUGGUGUUGAGAAUAAAGCAUUUAUAGCCCUGCAAAUGUCUUAGAAUUGCUGCAUUUUAACCAUGUUAUAAGCUUAUGUUGAAUACCUUGGUUUAGAUGCAGAUAUGCUUAUAUAUCUUACAUGUUGUUAAGUUUUACUCAAUGUGAAUUGUUACGUUGCAGCUCUUUAUUGUAGAUUGAGAUCCUUCCACUCGAAUUUAGAUUUAGUGUUUAUCAACAUAAAAUUCUAAACAGGGCAUUUAGAAAAUGUUAUUUUAAGUCAGCUUUCAAGAUUUCUUAAAGUAUUUAUAAAAUUAUAAAAUAUAUAAAAAUCUUACAUUCUGAAUGGAUUUGAGAUUGUGAGCAGUAUUCAAUUCAAAAUGUCAUGUCUGUGGGAGUUUAGGGUGUAACAUCCGGUGCCUUCAGUUAAUGCCAACGUUGUUUUGUAAAAGAGGUUUUUCUCUAUUUAAUGUGUUGAUUUUCUGUCUUUGUUGGCAGAGAAACCAAACAAUGUAAAUAAUUAAUCAAUAAAGAUAAUUAAAAAUG